CUUGUCAUCAUGCCUGGAAUAUGAUACACAUCGAGAUACCUUAUUAUUUUGAUCUUUAAGGGAGUUUGUAUUGGCGGUCAACACUUUCCUAUUUGUACUUAGCUAUAUAGCUGCACUUAAUCUUCGCUAGGCUUGUUGCUUACUUAGCGGUGGUGGCUCUGUGGCUACCACACAAACUUUAGCCUCCCGCUUCGGCCGUGGGGAACUAGCGGGCAGUCGGGAGCUGAGGCCCCAUGGCUGACGACGGAACCCACGAAAACUCCUAUGGAGUUCAAGAAGACGACUUUGACCUACAAACUCGCCUGGAUGGUCUUCAAGCUCAUGCCGACCAUUUCCAGGUGGAUGCCUUCUUUAAAGCCCUUGCGAAGGGUGGAAAGGGCUUCAGCAUCUUCAAGAAAAAGCCGAAGACUCCGGGAGGAACUGGCGCCACAGGGUCGGGGGGCUUCACCAUCGACGACCUGCUCAUGUUCUCAAGUGAACCGAUCCCAACCUCACUCUUGAAGCUGAACGGUGACCAUGUCAGCCGGGCAGUCAAGAUGUUCAGCGGCAUUCUCAAAUACAUGGGCGAGACUGGCGAGCAUGUCCCGGUCCACCAGAGCUUGGAAAUAGCCCAAAAGCUCUUGCACCAGGGCCUUAAGAGGCCCGAGCUUAAAGAUGAGCUUUACAUGCAGCUGAUAAAGCAGACCCGCGGCAAUCCAAACAUCUCGUCGCGGGUAAAGGCGUGGGAGCUCUUCCACCUGGUGGCGUCGACCAUGCCUCCCUCAAAGGACUUCGUCACCAUGGUCUCGGAGUACAUCCACGCUGUUUCCCACGAGGAGCAGGAGGACGCAUUCGUACGGCAACUGGCCACGCGCACUUGGAACAGCCUCAAGCGCUCGGCAAAGGCCGGGCCUCGCCGAACGCUGCCCCAACUCGACGAGAUCGAGGCCCUGCUGAAUGGCCGGCAGCUGACGACCAUCGUGUUCUUCCUUGACGAGACGUUUGAGGAGCUGACGUAUGACGUCACUACCACUGUCCUGGAGGCGGUGGAGCAGCUGGCAAACCUCAUCAAGCUUCAGAACUACACAACCUUUACCCUCUUUGAGUGCCGCAAAGCAGUUGGCGCUAAGCAGGCCGGCAUGGAGCCCAUUGCCGACGAGCACAUCCUGCUCGAUGACAACAAGUACGUUGCAGACGUGCUCUGCGAGUUCCGUAACUCGAAACUCACACGGGAGGGUUUCCAGAGCAAGCUGCUGUUCAAGAAGCGCAUGUUCCGGGAGACUGACGAAACGAUCACGGAGGCGCAGUUCGUCAACCUCAGCUACGUCCAGGCGCAGCAUGACUACCUGCAGGGCAACUACCCAGUGGUGCGGGAGGACGCAAGCCAGAUGUGCGCUCUCCAGAUCCAGGCGGAGCACGCAUCCACCCUGAACGACAACGAGGAGCAGGUUUUGCUGUGUAUUGAGAAGUACAUCACCAAGCAGGUCCUCAUGACGCGUCCGCGCGACGAGUGGCGUGCGGAUGUCACAGCCCGCUAUCGCGCGCUGGAGCAGUUCAGCAAGGAGGACGCGCGCUUGCAGUUUUUGCGGAUCCUGCGCAGCUUGCCGUAUGGCAACUCGAUCUUCUUCGCUGUUAAGCGGAUAGAGGACCCGAUUGGCCUCCUGCCGGCGAAGCUGAUUCUGGGCAUUAACAAGCGCGGCGUGCACUUCUUCAGGCCCGUCCCGAAGGAGUACCUGCACUCUGCGGAGCUGCGCGACAUCAUGCAGUUCGGGAGCAGCAGCACGGCGGUGUUCUUCAAGAUGCGGGUGGCGGGUGUGCUGCACAUCUUCCAGUUUGAAACCAAGCAAGGCGAGGACAUCUGCAUGGCCCUCCAGACGCACAUCAAUGACAUCAUGAUGAAGCGGUACUCGAAGGCGAAGGCCAACUCGACGGGGGAAAAGGCGCAGCAGCAGCUGGGCCUGUCGCAGGGCAACUUUGGCCCUAAGUACGAGGCGCACGUCGCUCAGCUGCAGCAGGAGCUGGAGGAGCUUCGGAAGAAGAUCCAGGUCAUGCAGCGGCAGGAGACGGAGCUCAGGUACGAGAGCGAGCGGGUGGCGGGCGAGCUGGCGGACGCCAAGGAGGCGCUUCUGGAGGAGCAGGCCGCGCGAGAUCAGCUCAAUGAGAACAUCAGCAGGCUCACGGCGGAGGUGGACACGCUGCAAACGGAGCUGGCGGUGGCUAAGGCGGAUGCGGCCAAGGCGACGGUAGCAGGGGUUGCUGCCGCAACCGCUGCCGUGGAGAACCACGCGGUCCGUGACCUUGAAGCGUUGCUGGAGGCCCGCAACAGGGAGAUGGCGGAAGCGAACGACAAGCUUGCGGCGCUGGACAAGCGCUGCUCGCAGCUCCAGAAGGAGAAGGAGCUCAUCGAGAAGAAGAUGCAGCGCAUAGAGAGGGCCAAGGAGACGGAGACCGGGGAGCUGCGCACGCAACUAGAGUCCGUGCAAAGUGACAUCCAGGCCCAGCUAAAGCUGAAGGACAACAAGAUCACGGAGAUCAUGGAGGAGCUGGCGUCCAUCAACGCCCUGUACGUCGAGUCCAAAAACGAGCUCGAGCAGAGCCGUGCGGACCAGACGGAGCUGGAGGAGCUGCGUGACCUCAAGGCGGACAUUGAGCGCAAGGAGAAGCAGCAGGCCGCCAUUAUUGAUUCGCAGGCCAAGCGGCUGGAGGAGCUUGAGAAGCUGUACAAGGAGGAGCAGAUCACGCGCAAGCGCUACUUCAACAUGAUGGAGGACAUGAAGGGCAAGAUCCGUGUGUACUGCCGCGUGCGCCCCCUGCUGCCGUUCGAGCAGGAUAAGGGGCAGCAGGCGGCCCUGCUCAUCCCCGAUGAGCUGACGGUGUGCCACGCAUGGAAGGACGAGAAGAAGCCGCGCGAGUAUGGCUUCGACAUGGUUUUUGCGCCGGGCACUAGCCAGGACCAGGUGUUUGAAGACACCAAGCACCUGGUGCAGUCCGCGGUGGACGGCUACAACGUCUGCAUCUUUGCAUACGGGCAAACAGGCAGUGGAAAGACUUUCACCAUUUACGGAAACGACCGUGAUCCGGGCCUGACGCCUCGCGGCGUCUCCGAGCUCUUCCGCAUCAUUAACCGGGAUGGUGGGAAGUACACGUUCAGCGUCUCGGUAUACAUGCUUGAGCUCUACCAGGACACGCUGCAAGACCUCCUCCUGGCAAAACCUAACUCCCGGACGCCGCCGGAGGCCCCCAAGCUCGACAUUAAGAAGGACCCUAAGGGCAUGGUGACGGUGCUGGGCGCCACGGUUGUGGAGGUUACAUCGUACAAGGAGCUGAUGUCUGCAAUCGAGGCGGGUCAGCAGCGGCGCCACGUGGCCAGCACUCAGAUGAACCGGGAGUCCUCGCGCUCGCACCUGAUCAUCUCCAUCAUCAUCGAGUCGACCAACCUACAGACGCAGUCGGUAGCGAAGGGCAAGCUCAGCUUCGUCGACCUUGCCGGCUCGGAGCGCGUCAAGAAGUCGGGCUCCGUGGGUGAGAACCUGAAGGAGGCGCAGGCGAUCAACAAGUCGCUGUCCGCCCUGGGCGAUGUCAUCUCGGCGCUGGCGACAGAGCAGCAGCACAUCCCCUAUCGCAACCACAAGCUCACCAUGCUCAUGUCCGACUCCCUCGGCGGCAACGCGAAGACGCUCAUGUUCGUCAACGUGUCCCCCUCGGACGCCAACCUUGAUGAGACGCAAAACUCGCUGCAGUACGCCACGCGUGUGCGCACGAUCAAGAACGACGCCACCAAGAACGAGGCCAACAAGGAGAUGCUGCGACUCAAGAAGCAGGUGGAGUACUGGAAGGAGCAGGCGGGGCUCCCCGUGGAGCAGCGCGAAUUCGUGGACCUGGUGGACGUCAGCGAAACCCGCAGCGUUGCCGACUCCGUCAUGUCGACGCCGCAGUAAAACGCGCCGGCAGCGUUGUGUUAGGUGGAAGGUGUGACCUUCGCCCGGCCGUGGGUUUAGGUUAUAGGAUUGAAGGGACCAGGCUCGAUGCUGGGUCCUGGAUGCGGUAAAGCACUCGUGACUAAAUUUUGAUUCGACAAUGGCGGUAGGUGUGGCCGCAUGAACCCUAUUAUUGACUGAUCCGCGCGCGGGCUGGUGUGUGCACUCUGCCGGAUAUGUUGCUAAGCAGCAUUCUCAGCGGAAGCAGUAAGGCGAGCGCGUGUGGUCUCGCCUUGUAGUGGGAGCAGGUCCAAUUAAUUAUGGAGGCGGAGGACGCGAGCGUCAUGUGCGGUCGCUGGGUUUGUGCGCGCUCCGUGCUCGUCCGGGAUUGAUUUCAGCUGUGUUCGCUGCGUGGCUGCUCUUGGUCAAUCGCUAAGACAGUGCGUGCGGCGGAUGCGUUUUCAACAACUUGGCGUGCGCUUUGGCACUAACUUCGCGCAAAAGAGUGGUGCUGUUUCUCGAAAUGGAGCGUUGGCGUGGCGUGCGGUGUGUUCGUGUAGAGCAGUACUGUGACGCGCACAGAUGUAAAUACGCCGAUGCACGUCGACGGCGCUGUAUGACCUGUUAGGAGCUACAGGGGCCCGGCUCCUAGCACAGGCUCUGAUUUACGGUGUGAAAGGGGUGGGUGACUGCGGUUUGCUUUCGUGUGAUACUUGCUUACGAGUUCACGGUGUUACCCAAAUAGCGGUCAAGAUCGCAAUGGUAACAGCUGGCUCAGCGCCCUUGCUAAGGCAUGCUAGGGGCGCUUUCGCUCCGCCUUACAUGUAACAAGUCUGCAUGUACACGUCCCCAAAGAGUAUGCAUGGCAUUCGCUAUGCUGUGUCUUGUAGAUCAUGGCUAGGAAGGAUGCGAGGGGCGUACGUGUGAGGCUGGCAGCUGCGGCCUCGGUCUCGGCGGCCCUGUUGUUCCUGAGUUCCUGAAUGUGCCGUACUGCAACAUACCGCUAGCGGGUACAUUGGAUUGAACGCAGCAACGAUAUCUCAAGCACUUUACAUGACAAGGGAAUGCUUGUAUGUGGAUUUUUUGAUGCUCACCUCACUCUGUAGCUAACUGGCCAAUGAUCGGCAUACUUCCUGGACCCGAACUCAGUGUCGCAAUAUUGAUCCAAGUUAAACUACACCAAGCGCACUAGCAACGCGAUCUGUAGCUUUUGUUCGCAAGGAAUGGCUGUGCCGUCGCCGUAUGGGCGCGACCCAUUCAGCCAGCUCAACCGCUUGCUGGAAGCUCCUCACAGCGCUUCUGGAUCUAUAAGAAAAGCGUGUCUGGCAGUGGAGGAAUGCCUGGCGAGCAACAGAGACAACUUGCGCGGAUUCUUCGACAAGCCCUUUGCAAAUCUGUUGAAGCGUGUUUUUGGCUACGGCGACUUUGAGGCUUCCUGGCUGAAUAUAGUCACCAAGGGCCGCGAUGCGGACGCACGCGCUCUCGUGGACCUACUGGCGCCAAACGGCAAGCUCUUUGCCGCCAUGGCCCAGGCCGACAAUGACCGGCUGGUGCAGUACAUCUUUCCCACGGAGCGCCUGCCCGCGCACACGCAGGAGCUGCUCAAGGACCCGCAGGGGCUGGGUCGCCGCGUGCUGGACACCUGGCCGCAGUACCGGGGCCGCAUCCGCCACGACGCAGCGGGCAGGCCGCAGGUGUAUCUCAACCUAUUUGAGUACUUUAUGUUUUGGACGGCAUUCUACGUGCUCCGAGGCAGCUCUUCCGAC